AUGCUAGAUAUUUGUGCCUCCUGGAAUCAACCGAUUAAUUUGUUCUCUCGUUUGGAAUUCUGUUUGUGUUUCACCCGGUUCAUGCCCACGAUGAUCUACAUGCCAUCUUUGAUGAAGCCAAUCAAAGAGAGUGUUAGUGAGACCACGUCGUGCAACAUGCUAGCUGCAUCCAGCUCGGAACUUCAUCGGCAGAUGUGCUCCUGUUUAAACACGUCUGAGUCGGCUGUCGGUUCAGCCAGUUUAAAACCUGUCCCAAGCGAUAUCAGACAUCCGUUUUAUCGACACCCGGCGCAUCGACAUCACAGACAUCAGCAACGAGUUAAACCUGGUCUUCAAGAGAGGCCAAAAACAGUUGUGCCUCAGCUGACCGUGAACAGUGAAAUCGCACCACCGAUCGAUAGCCUCAGGCAUUGGAACCGGAUGGAGAAACAAAUGUCAUUACCGGGAACAUAUCCAUUAGAUCAAAACUACGUAGAUAUUGCCGAUGAUUCUGAUUUAGUUCAGUUCCAUAGCAGGGAAAAUACCGUUACCAGACGCAGUUGGUCACCAGUCGAAUGGUCCGAUCAAGACAGACCGCAAUCGUCCAACAUACGCUCCACACCCUGUUUGAAUCUGGCAUUUGAACCGGGGCAAACCGACAUUCAUGAUUCGAUUCCCGUUCCUAAAACUCAACAAAGCUCUCAAGAACCCUGCUGGUCGGGGACAAGAAAUAUACAAGCAGAAGUAGCUGACGAAAAUUCCAAGUCAGGUAUGCCUGCCUUGGAUCCGGAAGCACAAAUAGACGCGUGUGAUCAGUUACACAACCUCACCAACCGUUUAUUGUAUUUUCCAAAUAUCAGUUCAAAAUUAAAAAUACAAUUUGCGGGUAAUACACGGACUGCUGGCGGGAGCACAAGAACUCUAUCUACCCAUCAAUCUGAUGAAAUCAUCCCCAAAUUGGAGCAUGACACAAAUCUUCUGUCCAUAAUGGACAAACCUUUGAUCGGGUCACUUAUGCCGUUCAUCAGUACGAGAAAUCAAAGUAUCUACAGUGAACGGGUUCAGGUACUCGUGGAGAGAAAGGGACAACGAACAAGCGCGGAUAACACCCAAACCAAAGUGCUACAAAAGCGCCGUCAAACUAUAGCCCCGACAGGCAAACAAACCAACAGCGGAGCAGAUCCUAUCAGACGGACAAGACUUAAGAGUUUGAGUGCUUGGCGUGCUAAACAGGGUUCCCGAAUUCGUCGUGCCUGUGGUUUGAAUAGCCGUAUCACCGAUUUACCAUUAUUACUUUCUGGAGAACCAAACCGAAUCGAUGGUAGCACAAUAAGCCUCAAUCAGAACUCCGAGCUGAUAAGCAGUUUGAAUGAUAGUGAAGAUGCUUGCCAGGAAUGCCAGCGUGUAGUGCUCAAUGUGAGUGGUCUCAAAUUCGAGACAUGGUUGGCAGUACUGAAUAACCACCCAACCACUUUAUUGGGAGAUGCCGAGAAACGAAUGCAAUUCUACGAUUCAAAGCGGAAAGAGUAUUUUUUCGAUCGACAUCGACCGAGUUUUGAAGCCAUUUUUAACUAUUAUCAGUAUGGUGGUAGACUGAAGCGUCCGGCUGUGGUGGCUGAUGAUGUGUUUCUCCGGGAACUGGAAUUUUUCCAGAUAGAAGAAGAUGCACUUGAAAGUUAUAAAAAACACGAAGGUUAUGUUCCAGAGGUGAUUAUUCUCCCGGAAAAUCAGUUUAAACGGAAAUUGUGGCUUUUGUUUGAAUACCCUGAAACCAGCCCCCUGGCGUUCUGUUUCUCCGUGACUUCUGUGAUUUUCACCAUAAUCUCAAUCAUCCUGUUCUGUGUGGAAACGCUACCUGUGUACGCACAAACGCACUGUGAACCCGGGGCAAAACCGAAUUUUCGGGAUCCAUUUUUUAUAAUCGAAACCAUAUGCACUAUUUGGUUCACGUUCGAACUUAUCAUCCGAUUCAGCAGUUGUCCCAGUCACAAAGCCUUUAUAAAAGACUUCAAAAAUCUAAUUGAUUUGGCCGCAAUUGUGCCGUAUUAUAUCACCUUGGUCAAUGUACUCAUUACAUUCAGUUGUGAGGGUGCAAAGAGUAGUGCAAGCCUGGCAUUUUUGCGUGUGAUACGUCUGAUCCGAGUGUUCAAACUCACCAAACAUUCGUCCGGUCUACAGAUUCUUGUGUUGACAUUCAAAGAGAGCAUCGAAGGUUUGAGCCUGUUCCUGGUUGCGUUUAUUGUGUGCAUACUCGUGUUCUCCAGCACCUUGUACUAUGUGGAAAUCGACCGAAAAGGUUCGCAAAUCGAAAGCAUUCCAGAUGCAUUCUGGUGGGCUGUGAUCACCAUGUGCACAGUGGGCUACGGCGACAAAGUGCCAAAAGGUCCGUUGGGGAAAAUUGUGGGCAGUGUUUGCGCAGUGGCUGGUGUAUUGACUCUGGCCAUCCCAGUGCCCAUCAUCACGGAAAACUUCAACAAAUUCUAUGCACAUAAAACUGGUCGAGGAAGACGAUGA